UGAGAAAGAGACGAGAUAUAUAAGAGAUAGGAGAAAGAAAGACAGAAGGGAAGAGAAAGAGAAAGAGACAAGACAACCCACCACUACCGACUACCAAUACCAAUACCAAUACUACUACUACCACCACCACCACCAUCAUGGCAGCAACAACCGACUACAAAUUCGAAGGAUGGAUGGGUCUGGACAAAGACUCCGCCCAAGGCAAAAUGGUCUGGCAAGAGUUCCCCAAAGUCAAGACGUGGGAAGAGACAGACGUCGACAUUCAAAUCUCGCACUGCGGAAUUUGCGGAAGUGACAUUCAUACGCUGCGAUCCGGUUGGGGACCGACUCCUUAUCCAGUCUGCGUCGGCCACGAAAUCGUCGGCAAAGCCGUCCGAGUCGGAUCCAAAGUCGGCAAAGGCAUCAAAGUCGGCGAUCGUGUCGGUGUGGGCGCUCAAGCCCUUUCCUGCUUGAAAGGUGACUGCGAAGAGUGUCAGAAUGGAAUGGAACAGCAUUGUCAACACACGGUGAAUACUUUUGCUUCGCCGUAUCCGGAUGGACAAAUGUCAUAUGGAGGAUAUGCGGAUUACAAUCGCACCAAUUCGCAUUUUGUGUUUAAAAUCCCCGAGGAGAUUCCUUCGGAAGAUGCGGCUCCCAUGUUGUGUGGAGGCAUUACGGUGUAUAGUCCGUUGAAGCAGAAUGGAUGUGGACCGGGGAAGCGUGUCGGAAUCAUCGGCGUCGGCGGCCUAGGCCACUUCGGCGUCCUCUUCGCCAAAGCCCUCGGCGCCUCACGCGUCGUAGGAAUUUCCCGGCACACAGACAAACGCUCCGACGUCCUCUCCAUGGGCGCAGACGAAUACAUCGCGACCUCGGACGAACCCGACUGGAACAAAACUCACGCACGCAGUCUCGAUCUCAUCAUCUGCACCGUCUCCUCCCCUUCGAUGCCACUCAUGAAAUAUCUCCAACUGCUGCGCGUCAAAGGAACAUUUAUCCAAGUGGGCGCUCCCGAGGAUAAAUUGCCGGAUAUGAAUGCUUUUGCGUUUAUUGCUAAAGGCGUGAAAUUUGGGGGAUCGAUGAUUGGUGCUCCGCAUGAAAUUGAGGAAAUGUUGAAACUUGCUGCGGAGAAGGGGAUUAAACCUUGGAUUCAGAGUGUGCCGAUGAAGGAGGCGAAUCGUGCGGUCGUGGAUAUGGAUGCGGGGAAGGCGAGGUAUAGGAUUACGUUGGUGAAUGAGAAGUUUGCGAAGGCUUGAUUUGAUGGAGAGAGAGAGGGAGGGAGAGAGUAGAGUAGAAUGGGAUGGACUAGAUUGUUUAUGAUUGAUUGUCUGUCUGUAGAUGGAUAGGUAUUAGAGUUAUCAUCCGUUCUUUUAUACUUUUAUACAUCAAUCAGAGAAAGAUUCAAUGAAAUGAGAAACAUGGAGAC